AUGGAAUGCCCACAUAAUCUAACAUUAGAUCAACGAUUGGCUUUUUCAAAGUAUCAAACAAAUGAUGAAACUUUUCUACAUUUUCAUGGUUAUUUGAUGGGAUCAUUGGCCGUUCUCGCUUUUACUCUAACGCUAAUAUUCAUUGUGACCACUUCCCAAGCGAUUCAUCUUCACCGAGGCUCUCGAAAGUAUCGUGUUCUUUUGUUAAAUCGAGCAAUUGGUGAUCUAAUCGGCACAAUAACAGUCACCAUUUCUUCCAUUCUUAUUAUCAUCUCACCAAAUACUAACCGAGAUGCAGUUACUCUAAUCGGAUGCUUUUUCUAUUCAACUUUUUGGAGUGCUUUUAUCUCGUACACGAGUCUCUCCAUUCUAAAACUCUAUGCUGUGCUAAGGCCUUUCUCGUAUCGCAAAGUCUUCACUUUCCAUAAAUGUAUUUAUAUUAUUUUAGUGUGUUGGAUCAUUUUCGUUUUCUGUGUCUCAAUGUGUGCCGGAGUGGUGGCUAUUCGAAUCCAUGUUUAUUGGUUAACCGAACAUUUACAUGGAUUUCGAUAUUUCUUCUCGACAUUUAUUUGUUUUGAUUACACUUUCACCAUCAUUAUUUUCAUCGUCACCGUGAUCGUUUUGAAAAAAAUUGAAAUGAACGAGAAAAAGUCGAUGAGUAAUACAAGAGGAGAGUCUUGUACAUCAAAAGGAGGAGCGAGAUUUGGAAAAAUAGGGUUUCCAUUGUGGAAAUUGGGAUUAAAUGUGACGACGUUUGCUGUUUUCCAGGCUCCUCUAGUUAUUUGGAAUCUCUACUUAUUCUCAAAAACUGGAUGUUUUUCUUUAUUUCAUUAUGCUGAAACGAUGAAAACACAAGCUUUUGUUGGAGCCACGAUUCUUUUGAGAAUCAUCACUGAUUUCUUUGUUUCUUUUAUCACUGACUAUCAGCUUCGAAAAGUGUUCCUUGAUUGGAUGAGUCUGCUUCGCAAUCGUUUCAAGUCAUAUCGUUCUCGAACGAGCAGUGAUACUUCAGUGAUUUCUGAUUCUCAAAAGAAAUUUACCGAUCGUUCAUCUUUU